AUGAAGGAGGCGCUGGUAGCACCAGGCCCGAAAGUCAAAGUCGUCGAAUCACCAAUUCCUGAGCCGAAUGAUGACCAAGUCCGCAUUCGAGUCAUCGUGAGUGGCUCUAACCCGAAGGAUUGGAAAUAUCCUAUGGUCACUGGUACAACCGCGAACCAAGGAGAUGACAUUGCCGGCAUUGUCGAUAAGGUGGGCGCGAACGUGACAGAGUUCAAACUUGGGGAUCGUGUUGCUGCGUUCCAUGAGAUUGGGAAGCCUGGUGGAAGCUACGCGGAGUAUGCGAUUGCUUGGCAACAUACCACAUUCCAUAUACCCAAAUCGACAAGUUUUGAAGAGGCGUCCACAAUCCCUCUAGCAUCUAUGACAGCCGCCCUGGGUCUAUACCUAACCCUGGGACUUCCACAACCCUGGACACCUGCCAAGGAGCCAACUCCUGUCGUUUUGUACGGCGCUGCAUCAGCUGUGGGAUCUUACGCUAUACAGUUGGCAAAGCAGAGCAAUAUCCAUCCUUUGAUAUGUGUUGCAGGAAGGUCGAUUGCACACGUAGAGAAGCUCAUCGAUAGGAAUAAAGGCGACGUGGUUGUCGAUUACCGCGAAGGUGACGAUGCGGUGGUCGAGAACAUCAAGAAGGUCCUGGGACAUACAAAGCUAUUACAUGCUUUAGAUUCCGUUUCGGAAAAGGGGAGUUACCGCAAUUUAGGAAAGGUUGUCGCGCCUGGUGGUACAAUUACGACAUUGUUGCCUGUGAUGGAGCAGGAUGCCAUACCUGAUGUGGUCGCCGCCCCUCUGACGUUUGUGGGGUCUGUGCAUCGCGAUGCUCAGGAUUUCGGGCAUGUUUAUUACAGGUACAUCACCAAGGGAUUACGGGAUGGUUGGUUCAAGCCGCAGCCACAUGUUGUCGUCGCCGGAGGUCUGGAAGGUAUCCAGGAGGGUAUGGACAAGUUAGCAGCUGGUAGAGCAACGGCUCUCAAGUUUGUAUUUCGUAUUCUAGAGACUAACGGAGUCGAUAAGGACUUGGAUCUGAUAUGA